GAGCCGGGCCCCCGCCUUGCUCCGGCGGCUCGCCGCGCCCACCCCGCUCCGCGCCGAGGGCUGCAGGAUGAGUUCCCCAGGGUCCGGAUACUUGAUCCUUGAAUGUGCCCAUUCACAAAUUCAUUUGCACUUCAGUUGAACAGCCAUAAGCCAAAAUUUAUGAAAAUAUGCAUCAGUUUAAUACUGUCUUGGAAUUCAUGAGAUGGAAGCAUAGGUCAAAGCUUUUUGGAGAAAAUUGGAAGUACAGUUUUAUCUAGCCACAUCUCUGAGGAGUCAGGAGAAAGCAGUGGAAGUUGGAGUCAUUGUCAAGUGAUUGAGACCUUUUACAAGAAAAUCUCAUUGAAUGAAAGUCUUUUAAAUUAGUGACAUAACAAGACUAGUUAUUAAAGGUGACAGUGUACAGGGACCGUUAAAAUUGAACAAUGACUCAGCGGUAUAUUUACAUCAGAUUAUUGGGAGCCUAUCUGUUCAUCAUUUCUCAAGUUCAAGGGCAGAAUCUAGACAGUAUGCUCCAUGGUACUGGGAUGAAAUCAGACUCCGACCAGAAAAAGUUAGAAAAUGGAGUAACCUUAGCACCAGAGGAUACCUUGCCUUUUUUAAAGUGCUAUUGCUCAGGACACUGCCCAGAUGAUGCUAUUAAUAACACAUGCAUAACUAAUGGGCAUUGCUUUGCCAUCAUAGAAGAAGAUGACCAGGGAGAAACCACAUUGGCUUCAGGGUGUAUGAAAUAUGAAGGAUCUGAUUUUCAGUGCAAGGAUUCACCAAAAGCCCAGCUACGCCGGACAAUAGAAUGUUGUCGGACCAACUUAUGUAACCAGUAUUUGCAACCUACACUGCCCCCUGUUGUUAUAGGUCCAUUUUUCGAUGGCAGCAUUCGAUGGCUGGCUUUGCUCAUUUCUAUGGCUGUCUGCAUAAUUGCUAUGAUCAUCUUCUCCAGCUGCUUUUGUUACAAACAUUAUUGCAAGAGCAUCUCAAGCAGACGCCGUUACAAUCGUGACUUGGAACAGGAUGAAGCAUUUAUUCCAGUUGGGGAAUCAUUAAAAGACCUUAUUGACCAGUCACAAAGUUCUGGUAGUGGAUCUGGACUACCCUUAUUGGUUCAGCGAACUAUUGCCAAACAGAUUCAGAUGGUUCGGCAAGUUGGUAAAGGCCGAUAUGGAGAAGUGUGGAUGGGUAAAUGGCGUGGUGAGAAAGUGGCAGUCAAAGUGUUUUUUACCACUGAAGAAGCUAGCUGGUUUCGAGAAACGGAAAUCUAUCAAACCGUGCUAAUGCGCCAUGAAAACAUACUCGGUUUUAUAGCAGCAGAUAUUAAAGGUACAGGUUCCUGGACUCAGCUCUAUUUGAUUACUGAUUACCAUGAAAACGGAUCUCUCUAUGAUUUCCUGAAAUGUGCUACACUAGACACCAGAGCCCUGCUUAAGUUGGCUUAUUCAGCUGCCUGUGGUCUGUGCCAUCUCCACACAGAAAUUUAUGGCACUCAAGGAAAGCCUGCAAUUGCUCAUCGCGACCUAAAGAGCAAAAACAUCCUCAUCAAGAAAAAUGGAAGUUGCUGCAUUGCUGACCUGGGCCUUGCUGUUAAAUUCAACAGUGAUACAAAUGAAGUUGAUGUACCUUUGAAUACUAGGGUGGGUACCAAACGCUACAUGGCUCCAGAAGUGCUAGAUGAAAGCCUGAAUAAAAACCAUUUCCAGCCCUACAUAAUGGCUGACAUCUAUAGCUUUGGCCUGAUUAUUUGGGAAAUGGCUCGUCGUUGUAUCACAGGAGGAAUUGUAGAGGAGUACCAAUUGCCAUAUUAUAACAUGGUACCCAAUGAUCCAUCAUAUGAAGACAUGCGUGAGGUGGUGUGUGUCAAACGUUUGCGGCCAAUUGUGUCUAAUCGAUGGAACAGUGAUGAAUGUCUACGAGCAGUUUUGAAGCUAAUGUCGGAAUGCUGGGCUCACAAUCCAGCCUCCAGACUUACAGCUCUGAGAAUCAAGAAGACACUUGCCAAGAUGGUUGAAUCUCAAGAUGUAAAGAUUUGACAGACAGACAAUCAUGAGGAGAAAUUCUAGACUGCAAGAACUGUUUUCACCCAAGGAACGGGUGGAAUUAGAGUAGAAUAAGGAUGUUAACUUGGUUCUCAGACUCUUUCCUCACUACACCUUCACAGGCUGCUAAUAUUAAACCUUUCAGUACUCUGUAGAAUACAAGCUGGGAACUUCUUCUAAACACUUCCUUCUUUAUAUAUGGACAGCUUUAUUAUAAAUGUGGUUUUUGAUGCCUUUUUUUUAUUGGGUUUUUAUGAACUGCAUCAAGACUUCAAUCCUGAUUAAUGUCUCCAGUCAAACUCUGGGUGCUGAAUUACCUGUUCAUAAAAUGGUGCUUUCUGUGAAAGCCUUAAGAAGAUAAAUGAAUUCAGCAGAGAUGGAGAAAUAUACACUUUUACCUUCUACCUGAGAAAAUUUAAUCUAUUUGUAUUCUACCUUUGUAAACAGCCUAUGGAUCAUGAUCUGUUUGGGAUACUGCUUAGUUUAUGAUAGUUAGUCAUGCCUUGAUAAUGGGGUGUGUGUGUCUGUCUACAUACAUGCAUACCAGAAUUCCUCUGCUGCCAUUUGCAUUAGAAGAAAAUAAUUUAUGAAUGCACAGGAAGAUAUUGGUGGCUGUUGGUUUUGUGCUUUAAAAAUGCAUUAUCUGACCAAGAUUUGCCAAUCACAUAAAAGCCAUUUAUUUACCUUGCAAGUGAGCUAGCUUCUCCACCAACUUUAUUUUUUAACAUUAAAGUUGAUAUAAAGGCCAAAAGGAGUUUAAAGUGUAUGUAAAUUUGGACUAUUUUCCUCCCAUCACAAACUCUUUUUUUCUUUUUUUUUUUUUUAAUAAUCAUUUUUGUCAUGAAAAGCAUGCUAUCCAAAGUUGGAUCUUCCAAUGCCAUGAACCUUCUAAAGAAAACACUUCUUAUUGAAGUGAAUACUAAUUACUGCAUUUGAUAGCAAUUUAAGUGCCUAUAACCAUGUUCUGUAUUCUUUUUUCUCAGUAACUUUUAAAAGGGAAGUUAUUUAUAUUUUGUGUGUAAUAUGCUUUACUUGCAAAACACCUGCUCCUUUACAACCAUAUUUUAUAUAUGUACAUACAUUCAUACUAUAGAAACCAGCUUAUGUGUACCUCAUAUCCCAUCCUUAAGGGAAAAUAAAAGAUCAUCAGAAAAAAAAUGUUGUAAAGUAGAACUACAUGUAAAUUUUUCAGAAUUAAUUCAAAGUAGUUAUCAAGUCUAGGACUUUGUUUAAAUAUCAAGAACUAACCAUAGGUAUAGACUUUCAUUAAGAUGCCAUCAUCUCAAUUCUCCUUUAUGAAAGGAUCCUCCAAUUAGAAAUUUCUGUCUCACAGUUAAUAUACAUUUGUCAACAACUGUUUUAGACAUUUAAAUCAUUUGAGAUUUUUGGUUUUAUGAUUCCUGUUCAGUAAGUUUGUGAAGACGGUGAAGAGUCAGGCAAAAACUUCAAUAUCUAGUCAGUACCUAUAUCUAUACCAUAUAGCUGUUAUUCAAUAAAAUGCUACAUAUUUUAUGGAUGCCUUGUUUCCCCAAGGAGUAAUUCUGAUCUACUUAAACUUACUAUACUUCUGUAAUGCCUUUUAAAUAUUAAUGUCUUAUUCUGAACAAACAACUCAUGGGUGCAUAAAGUGAGACAGUUUUCUUGAAUAUAGCAUAAAAUAAACGUGAUUAUAUCACAAAAUAGUUAAAAACAUCUUUAAAGGGGAGGAAUCAGAGCAUGUAUCUGUCCAUUGCCAAAAAUGUGACUGACAUUUAAGGAUGAAAUGCUUACAUAUUUGUCUAUACAUCAAUCACAAAUUUGAGACUUGCUUUAACAGUUUUGACCAAGUUUAAUAAUUUUCAUCUUACAUAACUAAAGCUUGAAGUGUUCAUCAAGAUAAGUAAAUUUAUAUAUUGAAAUAUAUAGUACCCAAUAACUUCCUGUUUGAGAAUUGUUUUCCCCAUCUCUGUACUGAGAAGUACAGGUAUUUUAAUCUAAAUUUCCAAGUGAUUUAAGAAUACUUAUGAGCUCUAAUUUACUUAGUGUAAGGUUAACCUUGAUUUAUUUUUUAUUUGAUAAACUAUAAAUCUUGAAAAUAAUUUGUCACCUUAAUAAAGAAAAAAAUGUAAGGAAAGGCAAACUAUUCUUAGAAAUGUUAAAAUAGUAUAUGGAAGCAGACAAUUGCAGAUAAUAUAUAAGUACAAGAGCAUUAUAAUGAUUUUUUUAAUUAAAUUGAUCUAUUAAAAGUGAUAUCAAGAAACUUGUUCAAUAAAAAUAUUUUCUA